UGCAAACCAAAUUCAUCAACACAUAAAUUUUUCACCUCUUCACAUCUCAAAGAUUCUGUAGCACCCUCAAAAAGAUCGAAAAUGACACCAUCAUUUUCAACACCAAUGAAAUCCGUGUUCCUCUCAAUGGUUAUGAUAUUGAUAUCCAUCAUCAUUUAUCAAGGUAAUGCUCAAUUACCUCAACCUAUGCCUAAUCAAACAACCAUGGUGUUCUACCUACAAGACAUAGCAAAAGGGUCUAGUGCCACAGUUACCCCAGUGGCUGGCAUCAAGGGAAGCGAUUGGACCUACACCACAUUUGGAUCCAUAUUUGUGGUGGAUGACCCUGUCACGCUGAGCAUAAGCCCAACCUCCGAGAUGGUGGGCCGGGCCCAAGGCCUGCUAAUAGCCUCGGCCCAUGAUGGGGCUAAUGUGAAUGUUGCCCUUUCAAUUGUGUUCAACAAUUUGCAGUACAGUGGAAGCACCUUGGAGCUCCAAGGCAUUAGCCGUCAGCGUGAGAGUUAUAGAGAGGUUUCUGUUGUGUCUGGCACUGGCAAGUUCCGCUUUGCAAGGGGCUAUGCUUUGUUGCAAACUGUGCUUUAUGAUGCCCCAACUUCACGCUCCAUAAUUCGCAUCACUAUUACUAUUCAAACUAAUUGAGAAAAUUAAGUCAUGUAGUAUGCGGAUAAUGGUUGGUUGUAUCAGAAUAAUGUGUUAAACCAGCUAUUUUGAUCUUUGAGUUUCA